AUGGCCAUCAAUGCAUCCCGCGCCGAGAGGAGGACGGAUGAGUACCUGAAGCUGAGCACGAGCACCAGCGACAUCGUCGCUCCGGGGAGUUAUGAGCCAAAGCUGGGAAAGGAGGUGGGGGAGGCAGUCGCUCCCUUCAUGAGCCUCCAGGAUAAAGAGCUCAACCCACUCUCGCUGAUGGCGAAGAUGACCCCAGGGCCUGGCUCCUACGCUGGGCAAGAGCCGCCUUACGGUGGUGCCUUACCCGGAGCAGGCUUGUCGCAGAUGUCGUUCAAGUCCAAGCUCAAGCGGCUGGCCGCGUCGACACCGGGAUCGACUGUGUACACCGAGUCCACAAUCGCCAAGAAUCCAGGCCCUGGUACCUAUGGGCGGAAGGGGUCUAUAACGCCACCGCCGAUGUUGGACUUGAUGCCGGCUGUAAAGCCAGUUCUGAAGGACAGAGACAAGACAGCCCCAUCAGUUCCACCGAUGAGGUAUCUUCCAGGCCAGGUCCCGCAGACAGAGGCUGCUUCGGCAGAUGUCGCCAAGUUGACAAGCCGCCAUACCGGUGAGCCUCGGGACAUGGCUGGCCCAGGCGAGUACGACAUCAUCGGCGAGCGGAAGCUGGCCAAGAACGAUCGCAUCACCGUCUUUCACGACCCGGCAAAGCGAAAGUUCCGGCAGCUGUGGGAGCCAUCCGUCGCAAUUGAUUGUGCCGUAGCUCCGAUGGAUCUGCCUGGCCCCGGCGCCUACGACGGCGCGAUGACGGCUCGACCUGGCAAUCACGCCGGCGCUGUCACGCAGUUCGUGUCGAAGAGCCCAAUGGCGCACGACGUCGAGGUCAAAGACAAGCAGCGCACCCCUGGACCAGGCGCAUACACCAUCGUCGCCAAAAUCGACAAAAAUCUUAACGAACAGCAGGAGCGGCUGGAAGCCGUGGGCAACAGUGCAGGCUUCGGGUCCAUGACGGAACGUGUCGGAUGGUCACGGGAUCUCAACCAACCGUUCAAGGAUCCUUACCACUUGAAGCACGUGCCGGGUCCUGGCCACUACACCAUGGGUCCGGGAGACUGGAAGGAUCCAAACGAGAUCGAUCCGAACAAGGUUCUCCAGAGACCUCGGCGAUCUCUCCACGGCGUGCACCAUCCCACGCUGAUCCUGGCCCUCCAGGAAACGGAGGGCCCUUUGCAGGCCUUCAACACGUCGGACGACAGGCCUUGCAACAAAGAGUUCGGACAGUUGACGCCUGCUCCCUGGCAGUACCUGCCGGAAACUGCGAGAGGCACCUCAAUGGUCGCCGACCUGAAAGAGAAGGCGAAGAUCGGUCGCAAAGGCGUCUUCGGUAGUUGUGCUGACCGCUUCUUCAGAAGUCCGCUGAAUGCGCGCGAAGGGCUGCCUGAUCCCAGUUACGACGGGGGCAAGAUCAACAUGGGCAAAGAUCCCAGCUCGCCAGAAGCGAGGUCUCCGUUCCAAUCAGGCUCUCCGCGAAUGCAAGCGGCGGGCGACGCCAAAGAGGUGGGCGUGAUUCGUCUCGGUGAGUUGCAGACGCCGGCGCCGGGCGAGUACGAAAUCAAGGAGCCCAACUACCGCUCGCCGUACCGAGUGCCCAGGUCCGAGCAUUUGUCGUUUGGAUCUGGCACCGCGCGCUUCAAUGAGAAGCAGGAAGUCUUUACCAAGUUCACGCUCCCCGAGGGGCCGUCUCCUGGCGACUACAACACGUUGCCCUCGAAGAGGCAUGUGGUCGGCGGCGCGCGUCUGAAGGACAAGCGCAAGCCGGCAACCGUCGGGUGCACGACGACCACCGUUGGCCCUGGAAGCUACGGGGAUCAGAUCGACACUGCGCUCUUGAAGAAGACUUACAACGUGACGACCCAGGCCCGCAGCAUCUUAAAUCGGAAUGCGCCGACGCCGGCAGAGCCCAGUUGA